AUGGACCAAACACACGCCCGCGCAUUGGAGGCUAUUCAGUCAUUUAUUGUCCUCGCGACUUCCAACAGUGCCACCUCCCCUCGCUUUGUCGCCAACAUCAUCACUAAUGCCACAUCUGCUCCUCACACCUACGUCUUCGCGGAGCUGCUCGAGACAUCGACUGUCCAGGCUCUAGCUUCUCCCGACACACCACCGGAGUAUCAAGGGUAUUUAAAGUUGUUGGAAAUCUUUGCAUGGGGAACAUGGCAGGACUAUCAGGAAACCCCCAACCUCCCCAAAUUGAAUGCCGACCAAACCCUGAAGCUCCGGCUACUCUCUUUGCUCUCCCUUGCCGCUACCACUAAGCCUCUCACCUACCAAUCGUUGAUCGAUGCGCUCUCUCUGUCAACCGCCGCCGAGCUGGAAGCUCUCGUGACGACCGCCAUCUACGCCGGCCUGGUUUCGGCUCGUCUAUCCCCUGCAUCCAACCCCCCCACUGUCAACGUCACGUCCGUAGCACCGCUUCGAGAUGCACCGCGCCAAUCGCUGCCCCGGAUGGUCUCCAUCCUGACUGAAUGGGAGUCUCGCUGCGGACAAGUCGUCGCCGAUCUGGAAGCGGAGAUUGUACGGGUCAAGGCCAACGCGCAGAAACGGCAUGCGAGAGAGCAAGUCCAUCGGGAACGGGUGGACGAGGCCAUGCAGUGGCGGCAGGCCGAGGUUGGUCGCGGGGAUGGGAAUGGCGGGGACGGACGAGUCGGUAAGUCCGGGAUAGGACGGGGCGCAGCGCGGUCAGCCUGGGGACUCGGGCGCAAUAAACGAGAAGCUGAUGAUUUUGAUGAGGAUGAUGGUUUCGAGUCGGAUGACCGGGAACAUGCUUCGCGCAUGGAGAUCGACGAAGGUGCCGGCAUGGGCCGUGGGGGAAACAGGCAGACAAAGCGCAUGGUGGGGCGAAAGACAUAG